AUGAAAAUGUUCCAGAAUCAUCCACAAUACCAUUAUUUGAAGGAAAAAGUCGGAAUAAUAAUUUUCUCCGAUCCCAACGCGUUUCUCAAAGUUGUAUACGAAAUGAUUAUUCUAGUGAUAUUUUUAGUAACAAGUUCCACAUUGAUUCGUUAUAUUAUUUAUCAUGAAAUCAAAUUGCAACUUGAUAGAAUGAGUGUUCAAACCACGAAAUAUCAUGAAAAGAUUGGAAAAGAUUCAGCUUUUCAAGUUAUCACAAAUACUUUUUGUUUGGGAAUUUAUCCAUUAUGGGCUUAUUUAACGAAAUAUAUUGACCCAGGUUAUGAUUCUACAAGUAGGUGA